AUAAGGGUGCGCUUUAGUUGUAGGCUUAGUGCCGCAGAUUUCGCGCGGGGCGGGUGUUGUCAUUGUAUUUUCACGUGACGAAAGUGAGUUUCUGUGGGAUAUUUGACAACAAAUCGUGUGAAAAUGCCGCCGAAAAAGCGGGAGAAAGAAUUGGAUGGACAGAAGGGCCCCCGGAUGGAUCAGAUACAAGCGGAUCAUGAGCUAUUCCUACAGGCCUUCGAAAAACCAACCCAGAUCUAUCGAUUUCUACGCACAAGAAACCAAAUUUNGCCAAUAUUUCUGUAUAGAAAUUUAACUUACAUGAGACAACGUAUGUCUAGAAGUCAUAAGUCACGACGAGGUUUUAAAAUUGACACAAUGUUGGAAAAGUUAAUGUCAAAAAACAAUCAAGAACAAAAUCCUGGUAUGCGUGGAUAUAUGACUCUUACUUUUCUAGGUUUUUAUGAUAAAAAAGCUGAAGCUCCUCAAGACCCGGUGAAAGUAGAAACGUUAUUAUUAAAAAUUUGUCAUAAAAAACGGAAGGAUGUGAGUUCACCGAUUAUGCAGGUUUCUGUAGGUACAAGCGAAGUUCCGAUAAAUCCCUGCGAGAACCAGCCUCCACCGAAAGCACCUACUAUAUCUAUACCAAAUGAAUCCUUUAGUUUGAACAAUGGUCAUGUAGCAAAGACUUACAUGCUUCUACUUAGAGUUUAUUGUACAUCCAGUACUGGCUGCCUUAUGCAUAACUGUGAUUUAGACGAGCCAGCCCAGAAACGUCGUAAAUCCUCCACUGGUUCAAUUAAAACUGGAGGUGAAGAAGUAAAAUUGUACGGUUCUGAGCUCAUAGUGUAUGAUAAACAUAAUCGAUGCUUAUUGACAGAUGGCGAUUAUGAAUUAGGUUUACAAGAAGUACAAACCAAUGUUCGAUCUAGCCCAAAGAAGCACAGCUCUUGGGAGUCUGUACCUGACAUCAAGGAAUGCGGUCCUUUCGAAGUGUUUAGCAAAGGACCAACAUUAAAAUUUAGACUUAAUUGGACAAUGGAACCGAGCAAUGGCUUGGUAGAUAGGCCAACUCCGAUACACCCAAUUCCAAACGGUGAUAACAAAGAGAACAGAUCAGGGAAUACUGGUCUCGAACGUUCUUCCACAAACAAUAACAACAAUAAUACUAAUAAUAAUAAUCAUAGCAAUCACAAUAAUAACAAUAACACACUGCCAACGCCUAGUCCCCUCAAUUCUUCAAGGAUCAUCACAUCUAAUGAAAAGACAGAUAAUUCAAUGGGUACACAACAAAUAGUUUAUCAAUUUCUGUAUAAUAAUAAUAGUCGUCAACAAACUGAAGCCUGCGAAGAUUUGCAUUGUCCGUGGUGCUCUUUAGACUGUGGGAAACUUUAUUCUCUUUUAAAACAUUUAAAAUUAUGUCAUUCACGAUUCACAUUUACAUACGUGCCGAUUCCGCAAGGUGCUCGUAUAGAUGUAGCAAUAAACGAAUGCUAUGAUGGCUCGUACGCAGGUAGUCCUCAUGAGUUGAUUUCACAACCAUCUAACGUGGCUUUCUCAAGAACAGGGCCAAUGAGACGCACAAGUGUGACAAAUAUUUUAGUAUGUCGCCCGAAACGAACAAAACCAAGUCUUUCAGAGUUUUUGGAGCUUGAUGAGAAUGAAUAUGAAAGCCAAAGACCGUACAUCACUGGACACAAUAGGUUGUAUCACCAUACUGUUACAUGUUUGCCUAUAUAUCCAAAAGAAAUGGAUAUCGAUUCGGAAGGCGAAAAUGAUCCCAAAUGGUUACAAACGAAAACGAUGAUGAUGAUCGAUGACUUCACCGAUGUUAAUGAGGGUGAAAAAGAACUGAUGAAAAUGUGGAACUUACAUGUAAUGAAACACGGUUACGUAGGAGACUGCCAAAUACCACUAGCUUGCCAAAUGUUUUUAGAGACUAAAGGGAAAGAAUUGCUCAUGAAAAAUUUAUACCGCAACUUUGUUUUGCACAUGUGCAGUUUGUUUGACUUUGGACUAAUCAGUCCUGUGAUCUUGUAUCAAAUGAUCCAACGAUUACAAGAGAUCAUGAAAGAAGGAGGCGAGAAUAGUGACAUACGAAAAGUUUUACAAAAAUCCCACGAAGCUCAAGUUGACAAAUGGAUCAGCACUGGUUAUCAUGCGUCUUCGGAUACUAAUAAACAAAGUAUUACAAGCACUAAAGUAAAUUUUAAUAACGACGGGGGAAGUUCUAACGCGAGACGAAAAACAUCUUUACCGCUUGGAUCACCAAAUUCACAAAACGUAAAGACAACUGUAUCUAUUCAUAAUAAUGUUAGUAAACACGCUAGCAUGAUAACUACGUCGUCGAACAAGGCUGUAAGUCAUAAUAAUGCAAUUCAAAAUUCAGUUAAUAAAAAUACUGGGACAUUCACCUCUGUACAAAGCAGCGCGAAUAAAACUGCUUCUACAGCGUGCGUAACAAGUACUGUUAACAGUAAAACAUCUUCAACUACUUCGAUGUCCAAUGGCGUGUCCAACCAAAAUGAAACGGCACAAAGGCAAAACAGUGAUAUCCCGACACGGCGUAAAAGUACAAAUUCGAUUACUCAAGGUUUAGAAAACACAACGCCUUUACGCCGAAAAUCAAUGGCCAGUGAAAGUGCAACUACCGAAUAUCAUAGAAGGAAAUUGAUUUUGGAUACGAUACCGAACACCAGCGGCGCUCAUCAAAAACCGGCCCAAAAUGGAAAUAGUUAUUAGUGAACAUUAUACAUGUGUCACUAUACUGAUUGUACGUUUUUGUACAGUAGUUGUUGCAAAGAUAAUUCCCGAAUAGAAUGAUUGAUUAAGUUAAUAUACUUGAUAAUCACUGCUCUAGCCAGUAAAAUAAAUUUUUUAUGAAUUAGGAAGAUUUAGCGUAUGGAAAGAAAGAAGUGACAUAUUUCCAGAUCAACAGAAAUUUUAGUAAUUUUAGUCAUUCUGAUUAAAAUCUUGACAUUACGUCAAAAAAUUUGAAUGCACUUCAUUAAAAAGUUUCAUCUCGUGAAAAUAUGAUAUACCCGUUCUUUUUUGGUCUAGUCAAUGGCACUUUGUUUUUUAAUUCUCUAAAACUAUUUGCUUAACAAUGUACAAAAACUUUAUUGCUAUAUAUAUAUAUAUAUGUGUGUGUGUGUGUGUG